UCCCGUCCAAAACCCCACCCCGCCUACCUACCCACUCCCUUCCCUCUCGCCGCCGCAGCCGCAGCCCGACGCUUCGCCGCAGCCAGGAGGCCAUUCUCCGUCCCCCACUCCGCCCCAGAGAGCAGGCCUCGACCCCGAGAGCGACACCGGAAUGUCGGCGAUGAUGGGGGCGCGGCUGGACCUGGCGCCCUUCCUCCUCUCCCCGUCGCCCUCGCCCUCGCGGCCGUCCCCCGCCCUCCGCCUCCGGACCUCGUCGCCGGCCGCGGCGGCGGCGAGGACCCGCUCGCUCGCCCCGAGGGCUGCCGCGGCGGCGACCGCCGUCUCCGCCAAGCCGGCGGCGGCCGCGCCGCUGUCCGCCGACCGCUCCGUCGUCCGUCUCGGCCUCCCCAGCAAGGGCCGCAUGGCCGAGCUAACCCUAAGCCUCCUCAAGAGUUGCCAGUUGUCGGUGAGGCAGAUCAACCCGCGGCAGUACACCGCCGACAUUCCGCAGGUUCCAAAUUUGGAGGUUUGGUUUCAGAGGCCCACGGAUAUUGUUCGUAAACUAUGUUCAGGGGAUCUUGAUCUUGGUAUUGUGGGUUAUGACAUAAUCAGUGAAUAUGCGCAGGGCAAUGAUGAUCUAGUUAUUAUUCAUGAUGCUCUCGAUUUCGGACAUUGUCGCUUGUCCCUUGCGGUGCCGAAGGAAGGUAUUUUCGAUAGCGUCAAUACUCUAGAGGAUUUGUUAAAUAUGCCUCAAUGGAGUGAAGAAAGACCAAUGCGGGUCGUUACAGGAUUUGGUUAUAUGGGUAUGGCUGACGCUAUUGUGGAUCUUGUGAGUAGUGGAACGACUUUGCGUGAGAAUAAUUUGAAGGAAAUUGAAGGUGGAGUAAUUUUGGAAAGCCAGGCAACACUUGUAGCAAGUAAGAAAUCUCUGAACAGACGUGAAGGUGUGUUAGAGAUUUCACAUGAGAUGCUUGAAAGAUUAGAGGCUCACCUCACAGCAUCUGGCAAGAUAAUGGUAACGGCAAAUAUGAGGGGCAAUAGUGCAGAAGAAGUGGCAGAGAGAGUUCUCAGCCAAACAUCAUUAUGUGGAUUACAGGGCCCAACUAUAAGUCCAGUGUAUUGCACACAGGAUGGCAAUGUUGCGGUGGACUACUAUGCUAUUAAUGUGGUAGUUCCCCAAAAAUCACUCUACAAGUCUAUUCAACAGCUGAGAUCUAUUGGCGGCAGCGGAGUCUUGGUGUCGAAACUGACCUACAUAUUUGACGAGGAGACUCCUAGGUGGCGCAAACUUCUGUCGGAGCUGGGAAUGUGAGACUUGCUGCAAGGUCGGCCACCCCCUCCUCUAGAAUGGACCGUCUCAGUGAGCAUUUGAACUUAUGCUCGCUGUAGUGUGUACAUCAUACACAGAAGCGACCCGAGUUUGAAAAAAAAUACCGUAUGCAAAGUGAACUCCCAUGUGGAUUGCCUGAGGAAAUUUCGAUAUCUAGCGCCGGAUAUUGUGCUCAGCUAACGUAUUCCCUGGACAGGCAGUGGUUGGUUUAUCCCUUUUAUGUGCCACCAGUUGAUAGAGUUGGGGUCCGGGAUGUUGGGCGUAUGUUGUUUGUGUGUGCCGGAUCUUGCACCUUUUGUUGGUGCGGCUUUGAAUAAUUGGGGCUACCUGAUAUGAUAAUAAUGAAUCCCAUUGUGGUUUGGUCUC